GGAAGAGUUCGGGGCGGCGCUCCCAUCCGAUGUUGCGCAGCGUGUGCGGCCGCUGAUCCGCAGCCCGGGCUGCCCGUGUCCGCCGGCGCCGCUCGCCUCUCUCCUCCCGCCGGGAUCCCAGUGGCAGCCGGAGCCGGAGCCAGGGGGAGGGCGGGCAGCAUCAGUCCGGCAACCAUCAGUCAGUCCGUCCCGCGGCAGAACCCUCAUCAUGGCCGGGGAAACCCGCAGGUUCACCCGCGCCCUCAGCAGACCCGGCACCGCCGCCGAGCUCCGGCACAGCGUGUCCGAGGCCGUACGCACCUCCGUGCUGCUGGCUAAACCAAAGGAUAUUGAACCAAUCGACUACGAGAAUGUCUUACUGCAGAAGAAAGCACAAAUUAUUAGUGAUCCACUACGGGAUAUGCUGCUUUUUCCAAAUGAGGAUUUCCAGAUCAAGAUCUUGAAACGCCACGGGCGAACACUGUGCUCCACGGUGCCAGAGAAUGCAAGGAGGGAAGCUCAAAGCUUGCUCGUCACAGAAUGUAUCAAGACCUACAACUCUGACUGGCACCUCAUCCACUACAGAUAUGAGGACUACUCAGGAGACUUCAGGAAGCUGCCAAACAAAACUCCAAGACCAGAGAAGCUUCCUGUCCACGUGUUUGAAGUCGAUGAGGACGUUGACAAAGACGAGGAUACAGCAUCCCUGGGGUCACAGAAAGGAGGCAUAACAAAGCAAGGAUGGCUGCAUAAGGGAAAUAUGAACAGUGCAAUCAGUGUUACCAUGCGGUCUUUCAAGAGACGCUUUUUCCACUUGACCCAGCUCGGGGAUGGCUCGUACAUUCUCAAUUUUUACAAAGACGAGAAAAUCUCCAAGGAACCAAAGGGCUCAAUUUUCCUGGAUUCGUGCAUGGGAGUGGUACAGAACAACAAAAUACGGCGAUAUGCCUUCGAACUGAAGAUGCAAGACAAGAGUAGUUACCUGUUGGCAGCUGACAGUGACCUGGAGAUGGAGGAGUGGAUCGGAUCUCUGAAUAAAAUCCUGCAAAGUACUUUUGAGGCUGCCAUGCAAGAGAAGAGGAAUGGCGACUCGUUGGAAAUUUCAGAUGAUGAACUACCUUGUCAGGGGAAAACAGAACACGUAACUAGCUGGGAAAGCAUGCACUAUGAACUCACAAAGAGCACAAGAGAAAUAGAAGCCAAAAAAAAUGAAGGCAGAUUAAAGCUUUUCAUGCUGGAUGCAGACUCUCAGAAACUUGACUUCUCCAGUAUCGAACCAGACGUGAAACCCUUUGAGGAAAAGUUUGGAAUGCGAUUUUUGGUGAAAUGCAACGACUUAUUCUUCAAUCUGCAAAGCUGUGUGGCAGAAAAUGAGGAGGGUCCCACCACAAAUGUGGAGCCUUUCUUCGUCACGCUGGCCCUCUUCGACAUCAAGGACAGUCGGAAGAUCUCGGCUGACUUCCACGUGGAUCUGAAUCACCCGAGUGUGCGAUACAUGCUGUUAAACUCCACGGCCACGAUGAACGGUGGUGAGGGAUUGGCGUCAUCCCAGAAAUCCAUCAACGGCAUUCCCGAGAACCUGUUGCAGUACCCGAAACAGGGCAUUUUCUCUGUCUCCUGCCCUCAUCAAGACAUAUUUCUUGUCGCCCGGGUUGAGAAGGUUCUACAGGGAGGCAUCACGCAGUGCGCAGAGCCCUACAUGAAGAGCUCAGACUCGGCUAAGGUUGCACAGAAAGUAUUGAAAAAUGCCAAGCAGGCGUGCUCCAGACUCGGGCAGUAUCGCAUGCCAUUUGCCUGGGCUGCAAGACCUAUCUUCAAAGAUACACAAGGGACACUUGACAAGAAUGCACGAUUCUCCACACUUUAUAGGCAAGAUAGCAAUAAGCUCUCCAACGAAGACCUGCUCAAGUUGUUGUUGGACUUCAGGAAACCAGAGAAGAUGUCUAAACUUCCAGUUAUUUUGGGGAACCUGGACAUCACCAUUGACAAUGUGACUCCCGAUUUUCCGAGUUGUGUGAACUCUUCAUACAUCCCAGUGAAGCAUUUUGAAAAUAGCCCUAAGGUCUUGGUUACUCACGAGGUGGAGGAAUUUUUUCCUUGUACAGCAAAGCUUUCUCAACCGUUUACCAUUUACAACAAUCAUCUCUACGUUUACCCAAAACAUCUGAAGUAUGACAGUCAAAAAUCAUUCGCAAAAGCGAGGAACAUUGCUGUUUGCCUGGAGUUCAGGGACUCUGAUGAGGAAGAGUCACAGCCUCUGAGGUGCAUAUACGGGAGACCCGGAGGUUCUGUAUUUACGAAAUGGGCCUUCUCCGUGGUGUUGCAUCAUCAUCACAACCCAGAGUUCUAUGAUGAGGUUAAAGUGGAGCUCCCAACACAACUCCACGAGAAGCAUCAUUUGUUGUUCACCUUCUAUCACGUCAGCUGUGACAACUCGAGCAAAGGCACCACCAAGAAGAAGGAGACUAUUGAAUCUCAAGUUGGUUAUGCCUGGCUGCCCAUUCUGAAAGAUGGUCGGGUGGUUACCAAUGAUAAUCAGAUCUCUGUCUCAGCCAAUCUACCUGUUGGCUACUUAAGCUACCUGGAGCUGGGAAUGGGAAAGCACACUGGUCCUGAAAUCAAAUGGGUAGAUGGAGCCAAACAUAUUUUCAAAGUUGCCACACACCUAGUGUCGACGGUCUACACCCAGGACCAGCACCUCAACAACUUCUUCCAGUAUUGCCAGAAGUGUGAUUCUGGAGCCCAAGCUUCUGGAUCCGAACUUGUCAAAUUCCUGAAGAGUUUACAUGCGAUGGAAGGCCAUGUGAUGAUCAACUUCCUGCCCACAAUCCUGAACCAGUUGUUUCGUGUUCUUGCCCGGGCUUCACACGAAGAGGUUGCAGUUAAUGUUACCAGGGUUCUAGUCCACAUCGUUUCCCAGUGUCACGAGGGGUUGGAGCAAUAUCUGAGGUCCUACAUUAAGUUUGUUUUCAAAACCGAACCUUGGAAUUCCUCAAAGUGCAAGACUGUUCAUGAAGAGUUGACCAAAUCCAUGACGGUUCUGCUGAAGACAACGGCUGACUUUCUCACCUGCAACAAACUGCUCAAGUAUUCUUGGUUCUUCCUGGAGGCGUUAAUAAAAUCAAUGGCACAGCAUCUUAUAGAAACCAGCAAACUGAAGUUAUUCCGGAACCAGCGAUUCCCCGCCUCGUAUCAACACACGGUGGAGACGCUGGUUAACCUGUUAAUGCCACACAUCACGCAGAAGUACAAAGACAAACCAGAAGAAGCUCGUAAUGCGAACCACAGCCUCGCUGUCUUUAUUAAGAGGUGCUUCUCACUGAUGGACAGAGGAUUUGUUUUCAAGCAAAUCAACAAUUACAUAAAAUGGUUCAGUCCGGGAAAUCCGAAGACACUCUUUGAGCUGAAGUUUGAAUUCCUGCGGGUUAUUUGCAACCAUGAACACUUCAUUCCCCUAAACUUGCCCAUGCCGUUUGGGAAAGGCAGAGUUCAGAGGUACCAAGACUUGCAGCUCGACUUUACCUUGUCCGACGACUUCUGCAAAAACCACUUCCUGGUGGGGCUGCUCAUGCGGGAGGUUGGCAGUGCCCUGCAGGAGUACCGAGACGUGCGUCAGAUGGCCAUCAGCGUGCUGAAGAGCUUGAUGAUCAAGCACACCUUCGACGACCGAUACACAGCCAAGAGCCAGCAGGCCAGGAUCGCCACUUUGUACUUGCCGCUGUUUGGGCUUCUGCUGGACAACGUUCAACGUAUUAACGUCAAAGACUGCUCACCAUUCCCAAUCAACCAGUCCAGCAAUGGCAGGAAAGAAGAUACUUUGCUUGGCUUCCAGACGGGAACAAUCACCACAACUCCACAGAGAUCUGGAAACUCACUGGAUAACAGCAUUCACAGGGAUGUUUUUGGUGUCAUUUCUGGCACAGCCUCUCCACAUGGUUCCUCCACUCCAUCCAUCAACGCAGUGAGACAUGCUGACUCCAGAGGCUCCCUGAUAAGCACGGACUCGGGCACCAGUCUCCCUGAACGGAGCGCAGAGAAGAGUAACUCCCUGGAUAAGUGUGUCCGUCUCUCUCAGAACCACGGUUGUGUUGGGAGCUGUGUCGUGCGCUGUGACAAGUUGGAGCAGUUGGAGAUCAGGAGUCUCCUCAUGUGCUUCCUGUACGUACUGAAGAGCAUGUCUGACGAUGCGCUGAUUACCUACUGGAACAAAGCUGCUACUCCCGAGAUGAUGGACUUUUUUACGAUCUUAGAAGUCUGUCUCCAUCAGUUCCGCUACAUGGGGAAACGAUACAUCGCAAGAGCAGGAAUGAUGCAUGCCAGAUUACAGCAGCUGAGCAGCCUGGAUAACUCUUACACUUUUAACCACAGCUACGGACAUUCUGACGCUGAUGUUAUUCAUCAGUCACUCUUGGAGGCCAACAUCGCGACAGAAGUAUGUCUGACUGUGCAGGACAUAAUGUCUUUGUUCACCCACGUCUUUAAGGGCCAGCUGCUCGCCGAGCACGGACACAACGCUCUGAUGAAGAAGGUUUUUGAUGUCCAUCUCUGUUUCGUGAGGAUCAACCAGUCAGAGACGGCGCUGAAGUCUGUCUUUGCCGCUCUGCGGAACCUGGUAUACAAGUUUCCCUCCAUGUUCUUCGAAGGCAGGGCUGAUAUGUGCGCCGCGAUGUGCUACGAGAUCUUGAAGAGCUGCAACUCCAAGCUGAGCACCAUCCGAGGAGACGCAUCCACGCUCCUCUACUUCCUGAUGAGGAACAACUUUGAGUGGACAAGGAGGAAGUCCUUUGUCAGGACUCACCUGCAGGUGAUCAUUGCAGUCAGCCAGUUAAUAGCUGAUGUGAUUGGAAUUGGAGGAACACGAUUCCAGCAGUCGUUGGCUAUUAUUAACAACUGUGCUAACAGUGACAGAGCUGUAAAGUGUACAGGAUUCCCGUCUGAGGUCAAAGACUUAACCAAACGCAUUCGCACAGUGCUGAUGGCCACCGCUCAAAUGAAAGAGCAUGAAAAUGAUCCGGAAAUGCUGGUGGAUCUUCAGUACAGUCUGGCAAAGUCCUACGCGAGCACUCCAGAAUUGAGGAAAACCUGGCUGGACAGCAUGGCAAAAAUCCAUGUCAAGAACGGGGAUCUCUCCGAGGCGGCCAUGUGCUACGUCCAUGUGGCAGCUCUGGUGGCCGAAUACCUCAGGAGGAAAGGUAUAUUUAAACAAGGCUGCUCGGCGUUUAAGGUGAUCACACCCAACAUAGAUGAAGAAGCAGCAAUGAUGGAGGAUGGAGGAAUGCAAGAUGUCCACUACAAUGAGGAUGUGUUGAUGGAGCUUUUGGAACAGUGUGCAGAUGGACUCUGGAAAGCAGAGCGUUACGAACUUAUUACCAAUGUUUACAAACUGAUUAUUCCGGUCUAUGAGGAAAGGCAGGAGUUUGAGAAACUUGCCCAUCUCGAAACGCUCCAUCAGGCAUACAAGAAAAUCGCAGAGGUCACACACACGGGAAAGCGACUUCUUGGCACCUACUUUCGAGUUGGCUUUUUUGGGCAGGCAGCGCAGUACCAGUUUACAGACAGUGAGAGAGAUGUGGAGGGCUUCUUUGAAGAUGAGGAUGGAAAGGAGUACAUCUAUAAAGAGCCAAAGCUGACUCAGCUGUCUGAGAUCUCCCAGCGCCUCAUGAAGCUUUAUUCAGACAAGUUUGGCUCGGAGAAUGUAAGGAUAAUCUAUGAUGAUGGAAAGGUCAAUCCAAAAGACCUGGAUGCAAAGUUUGCCUACAUUCAAGUCACGUAUGUGACGCCGUUUCUCGACGAGAAGGAAAUGCAGGACAGGAAAACCGAUUUUGAGAAAAGCCACAACAUUCAGCGGUUUGUUUUUGAGAUGCCUUUCACAGUCUCAGGAAAGAAGCAAGGAGGAGUGGAUCAGCAGUGUAAGCGAAGAACCAUCCUAACCACUAUGCACCAUUUCCCCUAUGUGAAGAAGCGGAUCCCUGUGAUGUAUCAGCAGCACAUAGACCUGAAUCCCAUUGAGGUUGCAAUCGACGAGAUGAGCAAUAAAGUGUCGGAGCUGCAGAUACUGUGUUCCUCUUCUGAUGUUGAUAUGAUCAAACUGCAGCUCAAACUCCAAGGCAGUGUCAUCGUACAGGUGAAUGCUGGGCCAUUAGCCUACGCCAGGGCCUUCCUGGAGGAAGCCAAUGUGAAGAAGUACCCGGACAAUAAAGUCAAGCAGCUGAAGGAGGUGUUCAGGCAGUUUGUUGAAGCUUGUGGGCAAGCCUUGGUCAUAAACGAACGUUUGAUCAAGGAAGACCAGUUGGAGUAUCAAGAAGAGAUGAAGAGCAACUACAGGGAUAUGGUUCGUGAGUUGUCCAACAUCAUGCAUGAGCAGAUUUCGCUGGCGGACGAUGGGAUGAAGAUCAGCCACCUGCCCGACUCGUAUCACAUCUUCAACGCAAUCAGUGGAACAGCGGGUGGGACUGUAGUCCAGGGCAUCUCAAACUCGUCCUCCAUGGUUUGAGCGCCAAGGGUUACCAGCGGCGGUCUUUCCUUGCAUGUUUUCACUCAGGAUACUUCUCAUGCAGGAUGGCAGAUGAGUUCCGCCUUACCUUUUCGAAAAGCCAGGCCAACUGGGUUGUGAACCCAAAAGAAAUCACGUUUUGCACAUUUGAGCUCUGAUCCAGAGAAUGCAAUUGAAUUUUAAGUGUUCUCCGAGGAGCUUAGCUAGUCCGCAUUAAACUGUACAUUUUUUAGUAUUCCGUGGUGGAACUGGCUCCAUUGCUUUGCUACUCAAACCUGUCUUAAAAGUAUAGACUUUGUAUGUUUAAUAUAUUAGAAAACAAAACAGGGAAUAAUGUUAGCACCAAUAUUUUUGCUGUCUGUUUACACAUAUCUAUUACCUGUAUAUAGUUAUUAAAAACAAGGUGGCAUAAGGAAGUUGUAUUCCGAAUAGGAUAUGUGGUCUCAUGCAACAGAAUUUAAGAUUAUAGUUAAGCUGUGUUUAAAAAAAAAAAUUGGGUUCAGCAUAAUAGACUCUGUGCUGGUUACAGGAGUGUUAGUAUAUAUCAGGCAGGACUGAAUGACUUCUGGUGAAAUUCAAUGCUUUUGGCACGUGUUGUCAUGCACAAACAUUUAAUGCAUGUAGCUUUGCAUUUCUCACAGCUGUCUCCCUGAUAAUGGCAGUGAUGUUCCACCACAGUGCACUAAUGAGCCUAAAUGUAAAAUUAUUCCAGUGUACAGUUGUUAUCUGUUCAGUCACCAGGUGCGUGUAGCUUUCUGUACACAGUCGCGUUUGUAGUAAAAGUAUUUUCAUGAGCUGUAAUGUUGAACAAUAUAGAGAUUCACCAGAGACUAGCAUUAUUGCCUUGCCUAUAACAAAGAAAAGUGUCACUGAGGGAAUGUUGAAUCAGGGUAUUUUAACUUCUCCAGUGACAUGCACAGUAUAUUUUACAAAUGCCCUUUGUUUUUACUCUUGUACAAUAUUGAGUGCAAUAUUCAUCAUUAAGCUUUAUCCCAGAUGUACACAGUCUUUGGUAUGUUUUUUGAUAAAAAAUCUCACAUAGCAUAUACCUUUUCUUUGCCAAAGUGACGGAAAAUUAUCUACAAUCAUUUUUACUUUUUUUUUGUCUAACUUAAAUCAUUAUACCAUCAGAAUUGUUUUUGAAAACAUUAAUGAAAUUUUAUAUUUGGGGGAAAGUUAAGGAUUUUAAUUUUAUUUAAACUGGAACUAUUGUCCUGCUGUAUGUAAAUUUAAAUGUUGUAACAAAAGUUUGCUCAUUCAUUAUCCAGCUGUUUUGUUUUGUACAUGUGGCUUUGUCCAAUAAAUAUUUGCCUUGAGACUUUUCUAA